AUGUCUACAGAACUGGGUGAAUGUGUUCUUCAACUCGAGUCAGGUCUUCGAGGAGAACCACAGCUGCCUGCUGCACCACUCCUCGACCCUACAGAUCCGACCCUCCCACCAUUUCUGGACGCUUGCAAAGAAGCAGACAUAACCAUAGUGGAGGAACUUUUCAAAGGUCGCAGUGCCACCGAUGGAUCGUUAAUUCAUGGCCUCUACGCAGCACUGUCGAACAAUCGGCCAGAUGUGGCGAAAUAUCUCCUAGGUCAGGGCGUACCAAUUGAUAAGCGUGUGUUAUUGGAAACGAAGUCUCAAGAAUGCUUUCAAUUGUUAAUCGAUCACGGAUGGGAAGUAAAUAAUGCUUAUGAGCGAGGUGAUACCAUCCUACCACGGGUGCUUUCCUAUCAAAACGAUUCGCUUGUUAGAUGGCUUCUAGACCAAGGACUAAAUCCGGAUUUGGGAACGCCGGGAAGGUACCCUAGGCAGUGGGAGAAAGACCACGUUCAACCAGUACCGGGAUCUGGUCAAGCUCUUAACGCAGCUGCAAAAUAUUCAACGCCAGAGAUAUUCGAGCUGCUCAUCUCGCAUGGAGCAAACAUUAAGAACAGUAAACCGCUUAUCAACGCGGUGACAUCAAUAUGGCUCACUACCAGUGAACGAAUCAAAAUGAUGGAAUUUGCAGUAAAACUAGGAGCCGAUGUCAAUGAGCAGGGAGGAAUACCCGGGAGUGGUUAUCAAGGAGGAACACCUCUUCAUGGUGCUGCUGUCUGGGGAAGACUUGCGGAAGCCAAGUGGUUACUAGAGCAUGGUGCCAAUGUUCGAAGUGGAAACAAGUUCUGUCGUCUCCCGUGGACAGAAGCUACACGAUGCGCACGUAACUGUCGCCAUACAGAAGUUGCUAACUAUUUGAAGGAGUGGGAACUCAAACACAAGAGCGGUAUCAAAAGUCCGACUCUAAAGAUCGGACGAGGAAAUAGUAGUCCUCCAAAGAGUGAAUCAAAUCCGGGUGAUGCGACAUUGACCCCUUUUUUGGAUGCAUGCAAGCAAGCGGAUAUAUCGACUGUUGCUUCACUUUCAGAGCAACGAGAUAAAGAAGAUGGGUCCCUGAAUUGGGGUCUCUAUACAGCCUUGUCUUCUGGUCGAGAUGAUGUCGCAAAUCUAUUGCUAAAUCAAGGCGUGCCAGUUGACCAAUACGCUUUAUUAGAAACCAAAACAAAGGAGUGUUUUCAGGUUUUGUUGGAUCAUGGCUGGAAUAUCAACGGUCCUAUAGAGUUUGGAGACACAAUCUUGCCACACGUAUUAGCACUGAAAGACGAGUCUCUCCUAGAAUGGAUGCUAUCGAAAGGGUUAAACUCAUACUUAGGGCCACCUGGAAUCAGGCUUGUACCAGCAAAUCGAGGGAAAGUUCAACCGGUUCCGGGCAGCGGCAUUGGGGCUCUUCACGCAGCUGCAACACAUUCUACACCAGCAGUUCUUGACAUACUUAUCUCACAUGGUUUGAAAUUCGAGAAUCUCUCUCUCCUGCCUUCCACGGUCGCGUCAUACUUUCUCAGCACUACUGAGCGGAUAGCGAUGAUGGAACACUUACUGAAGCUUGGAGUGGAUGUGAAUCAGAAGGGCCAUGUGUCAGUAUCCAAUUACCCUGGCGGGACAGCAUUACAUGCAGCAGCCUUUUGGGGCCGGCUGCUAGAGGCACAAUUUCUUUCAGAACAAGGGGCGGACGUUAGAAGAGGGGACGACGCUUGCCGUCUCCCUUACACUGAAAGGAGAGGGCGCCUUGAACCACGAAAUGCGGCUUUGGGUACUAGUCAAUGCGCUCACUGGGAUGUAGUGGAGCUGUUGGAGGAGUGGGAGCUGUCGUGCUAUGGGACUCUACUAGGUCGGAGAAUAUGGAACUCCGAGAAAUAA